AUGAAGGGAUCUUCUUCUUCUUCUUCUUCUUCCCUUGUCAACCAGCAAGAUCAGCCAAAAAUACCUUUCUUGAAAACUCCAGUGUCGGAGGUAAACCAAAAGCCCGGUGUCAGGCCCUAUGUUCGCUCCAAAACGCCUCGCCUCCGAUGGACCCAUGACCUUCACUGUGGCUUUGUGAAUGCAGUUGAACGCCUCGGAGGAGAAGACAGGGCAACUCCAAAGAUGAUUUUACAAUUGAUGAAUUUGAAAGGGCUAACAAUAUCACAUGUGAAGAGCCACCUCCAGUUUGAUUUUCGUCAUCAACAGAUGUACAGGAUAUCGAGGCAUGAGUUGUUGGCACGAGAAGUUGAAGUAGCAAAAAGGAAUAAUGAAAAGAUUCAAAGUCAUCAAUAUGAUGCCCAAGGACUGAAUGCAAGCAGAGGACAUGGAAAUCAACAUUGCUUUCAAGAGUUUUAUCCUAAGAAUUAUACUAGCUUGCAAGCAACAUGGAAAGAAAUGAUGCAAGAAGCUCGGAAGAAAAAUAAUGUUAUUCAUGAGCCACUUUCAUACCUAAAAGCAACCAUGGGAAAUGUGGGCAUGAAUUACAAAGAUCUACCCCUUAGCUACAUUCCCCAGAGAAAUUACCAAGAAAAGAAGCUUUUGAUAGGUGGCAAUGAUGUAAAAAACAAUAGUAGAAUCUGGAAUGAUUUUCAAGGAAAUGGUAAAGGAAAAGACACUAGAAGUAGCACAAGCAACACAUUGACUCUGUCAUCUAUAAGAGAUGCAAGUGACAUCUCUCUUGAGCUAACUCUAGGAUAA